GUGCCGGAAGAGUUGGUUCCCCUGCUCUGUGAGAGAGGAAGAAAGAGGAGGGAGACAGGCCUCGGCAGAGCGAGAGAGGCUGCUGUUCAGAUCAUGGUGAGGGCAUGCGUGCUGCUACUGCUGGUGCUCCUGGAGCCGGGACAGGCCCUGGGAGCCAUUCACAGGGUUCCCCUCAAAAGGCGUGAGUCCCUCCGUAAGAAGCUGCAGGCCCAAGGCCAGCUCACUGACUUCUGGAAAUCCCAGAACUUGGACUUGGACCAGUGCUCCACCAUCCAGAGUGACAAUGAGCCCCUCAUCAACUACCUGGAUAUGGAAUACUUUGGCACUAUCUCCAUCGGCUCCCCACCACAAAACUUCACCGUCAUCUUCGACACCGGCUCCUCCAAUCUCUGGGUCCCCUCUGUCUACUGUACCAGCCCAGCCUGCCAGACGCACCCCGUGUUCCACCCUUCCCUGUCCAACACAUACAGUGAGGUGGGGAAUCCUUUCUCCAUUCAGUACGGGACCGGAAGCCUGACGGGGAUCAUCGGAGCUGACCAAGUCUCUGUGGAAGGACUCACCGUGGCUGGCCAGCAGUUUGGAGAAAGUGUCAAAGAGCCGGGCCAGACCUUUGUACAUGCGGAGUUUGAUGGAAUUCUGGGCCUGGGCUACCCCUCCUUGGCUGCUGGCGGGGUGACCCCUGUGUUUGACAACAUGAUGGCCCAGAACCUGGUGGCCCUGCCUAUGUUUUCUGUCUACAUGAGCAGUAACCCCGGGAGCUCGGGCAGCGAGCUGACUUUCGGAGGCUAUGAUCCCGCCCACUUCUCGGGAAGCCUGAACUGGGUCCCGGUCACCAAGCAAGCCUACUGGCAGAUUGCCUUGGACGGAAUCCAAGUUGGGGACAGCCUGAUGUUCUGCUCUGAGGGCUGCCAGGCCAUCGUGGACACAGGGACGUCCCUCAUCACCGGCCCCCCCAAAAAGAUCAAGCAGCUGCAAGAGGCCCUUGGGGCCACAAAUGUGGAUGAAGAAUACGCUGUGGAGUGUGCCAACCUCAACACGAUGCUGGAUGUCACCUUCAUCAUCAACGGGGUUCCCUACACGCUCAGCCCGACUGCCUAUACCCUGAUGGACUUCGCUGACGGGAUGCAGGUCUGCAGCCCUGGAUUCCAAGGACUGGAAAUCCAGCCUCCAGCCGGGCCCCUCUGGAUCCUGGGGGAUGUCUUCAUACGACAGUUUUACGCCGUCUUUGACCGUGGGAAUAACCAAGUGGGGCUGGCCCCGGCAGUCCCCUGAGUAGGGUUUCGGGUGCACUCCCAGCCACCUGACCCUUCUUGGGCCUCUUGAAUUGGAAAUCCUUUACACUGGUUAAAAAGUCACUUUCCGUAGAAUGCAGAUAUUCCCAGAGUUGCAACUUCUAUUAGCACCAGACAGACCAGGAGAACACACACACACACACACACACACACACACACACACACACACUUCACAUACACACCACCUCCACCACCAUCAUAAUGGAAGAAUUAAGUUUUUUAUUGCAUUUGUUGAUUUUUCACUAUGAAAAUCUCCGAACACAGACACACAGGCAGAGGCUGUAGAACAAUAAAUUCCUUUGCAUCCCAGCCGGCUUUUUUGACCCCCACACGCAUGAGUAGCCCCCUUUUCCUACACCACUCUCCUCUUCCCUCUCCCACUGCACAUACCUGGAUUAUUUUGAGGCAAAUCCCAAGAAAUGCAUCUUUUUAUCCAUAAAUCUUUCUAACAUCCUUAGAUAAUCAGAACCCAAGCGUCUCCCCUUGUCUCACAAAUGGGUAGCGGUUUUUACAGCAGGCUAGUUGGAGUCGGGGAUUAAACACUAUCCAUA